AUUUUCCGGCUGGACGUUUAAAUAGCAGGUAGUGUAAGCUAUAGAGUGGACCUGUCAACGCGACGCAGUGCUGCAUACAACAUUACUGCGAAUAAUCGAUAUCGUCGUAAGCUGCAUAUUCGUGCUGUUGUACUACUGCGCGCGCUAAAGAACAGCAGCAGCAGCAGCAGCAGCAGGCAUGUUCAGUCGGUUCUCGGGUAGUACGGACGAUGUACUGGGCAACAAACUCACCGGUUUGCUUUACCCGAGGGAGAGCGAGUCUCGCGAGGUUAAAUCGCUGGAUGGUUUUUGGGACUUUGCUGUACCCCCUGCGGACGAUUUGCAAAAGGGUCACAAGGAUGCUUGGUACAGCACGAAUCUGUCGAAGGUGACGAAAGUCAUGUCUAUGCCGGUGCCUUCUUCGUACAACGACGUGACGACUUCGAGCAGUCUUCGCGACCACGUCGGCCCGGUCUGGUACGAGAAGACUUUUUACGGUCCUGUGGCCUGGAAGAGCGAUCGAAUCUUCCUGAGAUUCGGCUCUGUCAACUACCUGGCAGAAGUCUGGAUGAAUGGCACCCUCAUAACGAGCCAUGAAGUGGGCCACUUGCCCUUCGAGGUGGAAGUAACAACAUUCGUGUUACUAGGUGGAAACAAUCGUUUGACAGUGGCUGUCGACAACACCUUGAGCAAACUUACCAUACCCCAGGGUAAAAUUGUCGAAGCAGAGACCGAAAGCGAUGGCCCUGUCAAGAUGCAAACUUACACCUUUGAUUUUUUCAAUUAUGCCGGAAUUCAUAGGCCUGUGCUGCUACACACAAAACCAAAAAAUUACAUCCAAGACAUCUCAGUAGUAACAGAAGUAUUUGAUCAAGUUGCUAUUAUCAAAUAUCAAGUUGAUGUAUUUUCAUUGAAUGCCAAAGAAGUCAUUAGACCUGGAGUCAAAGUAGAUCUGUACGAUGCCGACCGUAAUAAUGUAUUAGAAAAGACUGAAAUUGGAUCGGAAGGAGUUCUAGAAAUAAAAAAUCCAAAAUUAUGGUGGCCUAUUUUCAUGGAUAGAAAUCCAGGAUAUCUUUAUACAUUAGAAGUUUGUGUGACAUCGGUUGACUGCUCCAAGGCAGAUGUUUAUAGAUUACCCAUAGGCAUACGACAAAUAGAAUGGAAUAAUUCAUCUGUCCUUAUUAAUAAAAAACCAAUUUAUUUUCGAGGUUUUGGAAAGCACGAGGAUGCUGCAUUAAGAGGUCGUGGAUUAGAUUUAGUAACAGUUGCCAGAGAUCAUGAAUUACUUACUUGGGUUGGAGCAAAUACUUAUCGUACUAGUCAUUAUCCUUAUAGCGAAGAAGCACUAAAUUUAGCUGAUAAAAUGGGCUUUCUCAUAAUCAAUGAGUGUCCUUCUGUAGAUACAGAUAAAUUUUCAUCACAACUUCUUAAAAAGCAUAAGAUGUCAUUAUCUGAAUUAAUAAGAAGAGAUAAGAACAGACCUUCUGUUAUAAUGUGGUCAGUGGCUAAUGAACCAAGAACUUUAAACAGAGAUUCUCCUAAUUAUUUCAAACAAAUAGUCAAUCAUGUUAAGACACUUGAUCCUAAUAGACCAGUCACAGCAGCUAUUGCUGUAUCGCCAGCUGAAGAUAGAGCUGGUCAAUAUCUUGAUGUAAUUAGUUUUAAUCGCUAUCAAGGCUGGUAUUUAAGUACAGGUAGACUAGAUUUGAUUACACAUCGUGUUAUGGAAGAAAUUCAAGCUUGGCAUGACAAAUACAGUAAACCAGUGAUAAUGGCAGAAUAUGGUGCUGAUACUAUGCCAGGGUUACACGAGUUACCAGAGUACGUUUGGAGUGAAGAAUAUCAAUCAAAAUUGUUGUCUUGUCACUUCAAAGCUUUUGACAAAAUGAGAUCAAAAGGAUACUUUAUUGGAGAAUUCAUAUGGAAUUUUGCAGAUUUUAGAACAGCUCAAACUUACACAAGAGUAGGAGGCAAUAAAAAAGGCAUUUUCACAAGAGACAGACAACCAAAAAUGGCAGCCUUCCAUGUACGUAAAAGGUACCAUGCCUUGGCAGCUGAAGAGGGAAACACCGAUCCUCCCAAUGAUCUUGAAAACUAUACAUCAUCGCACUAUUUUUGAUUUUUAAAGUCAAAUUAUAAUACUGUUAUUUUACAAUGAUAAAAAUUAUGAAUUAACUAUUGUUAAUGA